AUGGCGGAGGUAUCCGUAAAUACGCGAGCUCAUUGUAAACUACUUUUGCACGCCGCUAAAUACCCUCACAGAGCCGUCAACGGACUUUUGCUAGCAGAAGACCCCAAAUCAAAAGAGAGUCGUAAAGUUAAGAUUUUAGACUGCAUUCCUCUCUUUCACAUAACGCUAGGCCUGGCUCCGAUACUGGAAGUGGCGCUAACACAGAUUGACACAUACUGUAAGAGUUGUGGAUUGGUAAUAGCUGGCUACUACCAAGCUAACUCACAUUAUUCAGAUAUCAAGCCAGAUCAUGUAGCUGCAGUUAUAGGGAAAAAACUCCAUGAAUAUUUCAGUGAUGCAGUUCUAUUUAUGGUUGAUAACUCCAAGAUGUCAUCAGAGAAGGAUGGGGAUUUGUGCAGGUUAUAUUACUUGAAAGAUACACACUGGGCCUUAGCAGAUAAAAAGUAUAUGGUGGAAGAAGGUGCGGUGUCUAUAGGAGCGUCGCUGAUGAGGUCAGAAGCAUCGCGGUCGUUAGUAGAUUAUGAUAAUCAUAUGGAUAAUAUUACGAUGGAUUGGAGAAACACGGAAAUCAAUAGCUUGAUUGAGAAAUGCACAUAGAGUUCUUGUUGGUCAGACAAGAGUGAGAACAUUGUGUCUGUUGAAUUAUGUUGACUUAAUAUGGAUACAUGUAUAUAACACAUUGGGGACCUCUGUCCACCUUAUGCCACUCUGUCCAAAUAUGACAAUGGCCUGUUACCAGUAGCCCAAGGAAUUAGGCAUUGCAUCUUUCAUAUACUGAGGAUAUAAACCUCCUUAAAGAGGACCUUUAUCUUUAGUAUUCAUAUAAUGUGUAAUUUGUUAGGCUGUAUUGCUGUGAAAUUAUAUGUGGAUCGGCCCUCCAAAGUGAGUCAAUGUAAGUCAACCCCUCUACACUCCAGACUCACCACAACAACCUGACUCUCCCUCCAAACCCUACCUGACUGCCUCUCCCCAGAAUUCAACACCUGGGCCUCCAUGACCGAGGGGGUUAACUGGCCAGCCCAGCGUAGUGACACUGGAGCCUGUCACCAGUGUGGGUGCUGUGAGUUCAAGUUGGCUUUCUCUCCGGCCUAGGUGGGAAAGUUUCCUCCCACCAUUCUGCUGGCCGCUGUCGUAUGAGUGAAAUAUUCUUAAGUAUGGCAUAAGACACCAAUCAAAUAAAUAAAUAGGUAAAUGUUCAGGUUUUCAUUGGUAGGGACAGAAUUGUUACAGUUAAGCCACUUGUUUGUGUACAAAUUUGUUUGGUUUAGUGUGACCUCAUGUCCAGGUAUUUAGUAUGCAUCACAGACAGUUAUAACAAUGAAUUUACAUUGAUUAAGUUCCUAGUGCACAACUUAUUCUCCGAAUAUUUAAUAUAAUUUUUUUUUCUCAUAAGUUAUCUCCCUUUGUACCAAGAUAGAUGUUAACAAUUCUGUUUGUACACUGUUAUAUCUGCAUGUUAUCUGUACAUGUGUUGAUGUUUAAAGAAAAUCUACCUGUACAUGUAGCUGUGAAACUCAGUUUUACAGUUCUUUUGUUUCUGUUUGGACUUUUCUGGAAAACGCUGUAGUUUCCUUCAAGCCUGUCCUGUUUAAAGCUUGUUAUGACUUUGGUUCACUUAGACAGUUUUUUUUUUUUUUGAAUACUCAGGCUUUUGGUGGACCUGUCAUAAAAUUAAUACUGUUCUGUAAUUCUUCUAAUUUUUAGGACAGAUAGCAGUGCUGAAUUCCAAAAAAAAAAAAUGUUUGGAAAAUCGAAAAUAUCCACAUGUUGUUUAUUAGAUGGACUAAUCCUGUGACAAAAGUGAAACAGUGUAUUGCUAUUACAACUAUAUCUCUUAAAAGGACUAAAAAUUACAAGAAUUACAAUAUGAACUUGGCGGUGAUCUUUGUGCUAUGUAGCUAACACUUGUAGGACUGUGAAAGACCUUAACAUCGGGGAGUUUUUAUACUAGACUCCAGUAAAAAUGCCCUGAAGCCCAAGUCAGAUUUUAUCACAGUGAUUAUCGUAGUGUGAGCAGUGGUAUAAACAGUCAAUGUCACAUUUUCACUGAGAACAAAUGAGCAUCAAAAAUGUUUGCACAGAUAGCAUGAUUUUGUAACUCAAUCCUUGUUGCUAGAUGUAUGUUCAGUUAACCUACUGUUACACUACAUCACUGAUUGGUUGUAUUGUCCGCAUCACUUGGAAAUUAUUAAAGUGGUGACAGGUCAUUCCUGAGAUACGUUUAUGAAGAAUUGUUAAUCAGUGAAUUAUCUUAAAGUAUAAAAUGACAGUAAAAACCCAAACUUUAGGUUUUCCCCCAUGGGGUGGGUGGGAUUUGAUGCCCUCAAGGAAAAACAUUAAUAUGAAUAUCAUUGGCAUAUGUAGUGGUUUAGUCUAAAAGUAUGUUAAUACUUACUUCAUUCAGAUGUAUUUAUAACCAUUUCUGUUCCCAUACAAGUAUUGAUUGGUCCAUUGCAUGUGUCUAGUGAAAAGUUAAGUUAAUCAUUUCUGGUUGGCAGAAAAUGUUAUGUGAUCAUUUUCUUGUUUGUGAGAUUUAGUCGGUCAGUGGAUGAACAGGUGACAACAGAGAACCACUGUGAUUGGUGCAGAUCGUCACAUCUUCAUAAUGUCUAUGCUGUCUACUUUGUUUUUUAUUUCAACACCAGAAGAUGGUAAUAAAUGAUCAUCUUGUGUUAUCC